AUGGCACGCGAGAAGGUGAUUUCAGUUCAAGAGUGGCCCAACUACCCGAUGAUGGCCCUCCACACGAUGCGUGACUACACAGCAGGCACGUACAUGCAAAAACAGUUUUUCAACAAUACUCAUGCAACUUCCUGCAGCCAACGUGAGUUGGACGAGGAUGAGACCAUCUUUGGCAACUUUGCAGACUUCAUCAUCUCUGCUGUGGGGACAACUGCAUACGAAAGCGAGCCAGACCGGGCGUUUAACCGAUAUAUCCUUUACCACAGGGAUUUCCCGGAAAACACGGAGGCGUAUGUGGAGUUUUGGGAGGACCGAGCAACUGGGAUACCGCACAAGUAUUUCUUGCCAAACAUCGAAGACAGCCCUCGGGCAUACUUUACGAACUUCCGCAGCAACAUGAGCGAAGAGGAGUUUCAGGAGGUGGAGCGAGGUCUGAACUCUCUGGACUGCCAUGGCCCUCAAGUCUACGGCCUCACAGUGCCGGUGAUGGAGGACGAUGAGCAGUCUCCGGCGACCGAGACAAUCACAACCUUGGAGUUUUACCAAGCCCUCAGCAAUGUUUGCGAUGCUGGAAACUGCACGCUAAACAUACCUGUGGGAAGCGAAGACUAUUGGGACCUUGUCCUUCGAACUCCAGACCUGGAUCCGCAGGAGGAAAACGUACAGGAGGAUCUGGUCUUCAACGGUUCCCGCUUCAACUCGUCUGACGACGACUUACUCGACACGGACAACUCCAGUGACCGUAGGCUUUCUUCUGCCACUCAUGGCACAAGCGGUCUUACAAAAGUGAAGGACAUUACAAACAGCAGGUCCUUUGGAGUCGGCAGCAACGGCUUCAGCUACAACUUCGAAGCGGGAAGGUUGACGCGGAGUGGGGUGCCGGUUGCUGCCUACAGCGAGUUUACUGCCAAAGGCACAGGUAGCUUCACAGCAGCCGCUUCUGUGGGCGUGGCUACCGUCUCAGUAACAUUCUCCUGCGGGGGCGAGGCUGAUGGCUGGCGGCGCGAAGGCUGGCUCGUGUCGAGUGACGCUCGCUAUGGGGGCAAGGUCACCUUGUCCUUGAGAGGUGAUGUGUUCAUUGUGGUCGGCUCGGCCUGGCUAACCAUCGAAGGUUCCCUGAGUUUUAGAAAGCCGGGAUACUCGCCUGGCGGGACUCCAGCUGUGGACUUGACAGGAACGAUCAGCGGCACCGUUGGGCUAAGCAUCUUGGGCGGUCUAUUCUCAGGCUCAACCACUGCUAGGCUCUCGGCGAGCGUCUUCAACCUGGGGCCAAGCUUCAGCAGCAGUGCACGGUCGGAUGACCAGAUCGAGGUGAAGGGAAGCACGAGCGUGAAGGCGAAGGUCUUUUGGCUUUUCUCUGUUACGUUCCAAGUGGACCUCACCAUCGUCCGCAAGCAGAACAUAUGGAGUGCGAGCGCGGAUUCAUUGGUUGGUGGAUCGUCCUUUCUACGAGGUUGCACAGAAGUGUACAAGGAUAAGAAGGGGUGCCAUGAAAGAUACUGUUAUUUUUAUGGUUGGAAGCCGAUGGAUGAGUCUCAGUCUGCCAGUUCUUCGGCGAACACCGGCACGGUCUAUUCUUGGGAAUCUUCCACGUACUACAAAUCAUGGGGGCCCACGGUGUUUCGAGCAUGGGGUUGGACAGACACGAUGCAAAUGAGUUAUCCAGGAGGCCGCAGAAGAAGGAGGGUCCAGAACACCCGACGCCGCACCGUGAACCGGGCCAUGGUCCUGGGGAGCCCAUCCGAGACCGAUCUCCAGCUGAUCUUCUACAGCUGCCGGUAG